AUGGCUUCUCUAAAAUUAUUUUACCCACACGUUCGUGUCUGUCAUCAGACGGCGGAUGAUGCUGGAAGUGCGAAGGGGAGACUAUCACGCCUGUCAUUUGACGGUGACCUCCUCAACGCAAUUCUCCUACCCACACUGACCUCUUCAACGCAAUUCUCCUACCCACACGUUCGUGCCUGUUAUCAGACGAUGGAUGAUGCUGGAAGUGCGAAGGGGAGACCAUCACGCCUGUCAUCUGACGGUGACCUCCUCAACGCAAUUCUCCUACCCACACGUAGGCCACCAAGCUUUGUGCCUGUCAUCAGACGGCAAACUGGUGAAGACUGGUGA